AUGGCCGUGCGUAUAGUUGAAGAAUGCGGUGGUCAUCUUCUUGCCAAAGUCAUUGUAGCAAAGUCACUGAGGAACGCAAAUUAUGUUGAAGAUUGGGAACGUGCUCUGCACAAAUUGUGUUCGCUCCAUCCUUCCCACGACGUUGGCAUGUUUCAAGACCAGAGCAGCGUCAUGCUUAAAGCAUUCAUAAACUUCAUCUGGCAUGAUUUAAGCAAGACGCAAAAGUAUUGUCUUACAUCAUGUUUAUUCAUUUCUAAAUUUGGGAAGCCUGAAGAUGAGUUGAUCUAUGAUUGGAUUUCUUCUCGAUUAGUGGUUACAGGAGAAGCAGAGCAUAAUUUGAGAGAGUUUGUGGACCGUUUUGCCUUGUUGCGAUUACAGGAUAACAAGUCAAGGUGUAUUCAAAUUCCAAAAGACACAUGUGCCAUCUUGCAAGUAUUAAACAAUCAGAAUCCCUUAUUCAUGACAAAAUCUGAGUUCAGGUUGGUUGAACCACCAAAUGGUGAGCUAUGGCAUAGUGCUAUAUAUAUUGAUUUGGCAGACAAUAAGUUGUCUGAGCUACCUUUGUCCCCAAAUUGUGGUGAGCUCAGAGUGUUAAUGCUGCACGACAAUGCUGACUUGACAAAAAUCCCACCCCUUUUCUUCUUCAAAAUGCCCCUACUUUGCAUCUUGGAUUUGUCCUACUCUAGUGUGAGAGAAUUACCGAACUCUUUUUUUGAGUUAGAGCAACUUAGAGAACUCUAUAUGAAAGGUUGUGAACGCUUCAUGAAAUUAUCCUCAAAGGUUAGAAAAUUGAAGAACCUUGAGAAGCUUGAUCUUGACAAGACUCAGAUCACACAUCUCCCAAAAGAGAUCCAAGAGUUGACAAAUCUCCAAAGUUUGAUUCUUUGUUUUUAUGAGUAUCGUGGCAAGAAAAGCAUGCAAUAUGCGAGUUCAACGAUUAUUCCUUCUGGGGUGAUUUCAAAACUUAAAGGGUUAAAACAUUUGAGCAUUGAUGUGAACCCUGAUGAUGAGCGAUGGCAAGGGAAUUUACACGUCAUUUUACCAGAAAUCUUGGUAUUAGAGUGCUUGCAAACCGUUAAUUUGUACAUUCCAGAACUAGAACUGUUGAAUCUCAUCCCUGCUCGCAUUUUUAAGCUUGAUUUUAGAUUCAUUGUUGGGAAACAUAUGUCACGGAUCAUUUCAAGUACACUACCCACAAUUGAAGAAAAAUUUAAAUGA